AUGUCGAACCGUCAGCUGUCCCGAGACAUGCAAGUAGAGUUCCAGGCGAGGUUCCAAGCCAAGCAAGCCCGACGAGAAGCGCAGAAGGCCGCGAAGCAAGACCCAAUCCUGAAGAAGCAAAUCCAAGAUCUGCUGAAGAAGGGUGAAACAGCAAAGGCAUAUCAGAAGGCUAAAAUGCUUCUUUCUAAGCAAGCUUUAGCUCAGCAGAUGGAUCAAAUGGCGGAUAUGGCCGAGCUCUCCGCCGCCCAAAUCCAGGCCAAUAACUCAAUGAAUCGCAUGACGCACAUGAUGGGACAGUCGUCUCGUACCAUGUCCCUCGCACAGAAGAACAUGAACCCCGAGAAGACCCUUGUUACAUUGGAGCAGUUCAAACAGCAAAACGAGGAGUAUGCCAUGUCCAACGGCAUUUAUCAGGACGCCAUUUCGCAAUCUACCAGCGCCCAGGUAUCCGAGGACGCGGUCCAUGAGCUACUAGGCAAGCUAGCUGAUGAUGCAGGCGUGCAGCUCAACGCUGAGCUCAAUAGCGCAACACCAGCCAAGGAGGAGCUUGUGGCUAGUGAGCCUACUGCGGAAGAGGAGGAUGCCUUGCAACAAAGACUGCGGGCUUUGAGAGCAUAG